AUGGAUGGAGAAAUCCAGGAAUUACAGGAGAAGAUCAGUGGAAUCCAGCUUGAAAUUAAAGCUGUUUAUGGGGACAAGGACAGAGCAGGUCGAGAAUUUCAGCAUCUGAGACAAGAACUGGAGCAGAUUAACAUGGAUAUAAAUGAAAAGAUUCAUGAAAAGGAGACUGCAGAUAAGAAGCUGGCAGAAUCAAAGUGCCGAUUAAAGGAAAAGGAGCUACAAGUGGAAGAUACUGAACGAAAGAAUCAGGAACAAACAAGUAAUGUUGAACGAGGUGCACAGCUCUUCAGAAAACAUCUUGGGCUUGACAUACAACGUACUAAUCACAGUACUUUAGUCUUCACUUUUACCCAGAUAAGUCGGUCCGAGCCUGAUAAGGAAUACAUUCUUGAAUUGACUCUGGAUGGAGACAACUAUCGUCUGGUUUGCUCUGUACCACCUUUGCACAACUUGAAACAGUUGGAGGAUAAACUAAAUGCAACUAAUGACUUUUCUGGUUGCAUUGCUUACAUUCGGAAGCUUUUCCAGAAGAUUGAAGCAUAAGGUCAAGAGGCCCUGUAAUCUGACAUUUUUUCAUUGUAUAGCUUAUAUUUUCAUUUAUUGUAGUGCUUAACAGAGUACACCUUUUACAUACUUUUA